GUGCUGGAAUGGAUUCGCAGGAAGCAGGUGCCAGUUUCGUGACCCGUGCACCACAUCGCCAUGCAUGAACGACGGCAUGUGUCGCGCUGUGACCAAGGGCAACACGGCGGACUUUAACUGCACCUGCAAACUGGGCUACACCGACCGCCGCUGCAUGACGCCCAUCAACAACGUGUGUAUCAGCUCGCCGUGUCGCAACGGAGGCACCUGCGAGCUGGAGAGCCUCCAGACGUACAAGUGCCGCUGCCCCCCUGGAUGGUCAGGUAAGCUGUGCCAACAAGCCGACCCCUGUGCCUCAAACCCGUGUGCCAACAGCGGCAAAUGCACCGCCAUCGAGUCCCACUACAUCUGCACCUGCACGGCCUUCUUCACCGGAAAGACCUGCAAACAGGACAUCAACGAGUGUGACGCAAGCCCGUCACCCUGCAGGAGUGGCGGGUUGUGCAUCAAUGAGGUCGGAGGCUACAAGUGCCAGUGUCCGCAGGAAUACACGGGGAAGCACUGCGAGAGCCGCUACAUGCCCUGCAACCCGACGCCAUGCCACAACGGAGGCACCUGCAUCCAGAGGGGAGAGACCAGCUACGAAUGCUCCUGUGUACCAGGUUUUAAUGGGAAAAACUGCAACCUCAACAUUGAUGACUGUCCAGGUCAUGGGUGCCUGAAUGGAGGGACGUGUGUAGAUGGAGUCAACACCUAUAACUGCCAGUGCAAACCAGAAUUUACAGGUCAACUUUGCACCGAAGAUGUCGAUGAGUGCCAGCUGAUGCCCAACGCCUGCCAAAAUGGCGGAACAUGUCACAACACCUACAGCAGCUACCAGUGCGUGUGCGUGAACGGCUGGACGGGUGACGACUGCAGCGAGAACAUCGACGACUGCGCCAGCGCCGCGUGCCAUCAGGGCUCCACCUGCCAUGACCGCGUGGCUUCCUUUCACUGCCAGUGCCUGCCGGGCCGCACAGGACUGCUGUGCCAGCUGAAGGACGCAUGCAUUAGCAACCCGUGUCAGAAAGGUUCCAACUGUGACACCAGCCCUGUCAGCGGAAACCAUUUCUGCACCUGUCCGACUGGGUACAUCGGAGCGUCCUGUGAUCAGGAUGUGGACGAGUGCUCACUGGGUUCCAACCCAUGUGAGCAUGCAGGGAAGUGUAUAAACACCAAGGGCUCGUUCCAGUGUAAGUGCCAGCGUGGUUACGUGGGGCCGCGCUGCGAGCUCGACAUCAACGAGUGCAUGUCCAACCCCUGUUUGAAUGAGGCCACCUGCCUGGACCAGAUAGGAGACUUCCACUGUAUCUGCAUGCCAGGUUACGAGGGGGAGUUCUGCGAGAUCGAUACAGACGAGUGCGCCAACAGCCCCUGCCUGAACAACGGCAAGUGUAUCGACAAGAUCAACGCCUUCCACUGCCAGUGCCCCACAGGCUUCACUGGGAACCUUUGCCAGAUAGACAUCGACGAGUGUGCCAGCACGCCUUGCAAAAAUGGCGCCAAGUGCACAGACGGCCCAAACAAGUACACCUGCGAGUGCACUGAAGGUUACUCUGGGAGGCACUGUGAGACAGACAUCAACGAGUGUUACUCGGACCCCUGCCACUACGGCACCUGCAUCGACGGCCUGGCCUCUUUCAGCUGCCAAUGCAAGCCGGGUUACACCGGGCGUCUGUGUGAGACCAACAUCAACGAGUGUCUGAGCCAGCCGUGCAGGAACGGAGGCACCUGCCAGGACCGGGAGAACGCCUACAUCUGUAGCUGCCUCAAGGGCACCACAGGAAUCAACUGUGAAAUCAACAUUGACGACUGCAAGAGCAAUCCCUGUGACUAUGGGACCUGCAUCGACAAGAUCAAUGGCUACGAGUGUGCAUGUGAACGCGGCUACUCUGGUACCAUGUGUAACAUGAACAUUGACGAGUGUGCCAUAAACCCCUGCCACAAUGGCGGCACCUGUAUCGACGGCAUCAACAGCUUCACCUGCGUGUGUCCAGAAGGUUACCAUGACACCACCUGCUUCUCCCAGGUCAACGAGUGCCUCAGCAACCCCUGCAUUCAUGGCCACUGCGAUGACAAGAUCAACGGCUAUAAAUGCCUGUGUGAUUCUGGCUGGAGCGGUAAAAACUGCGACAUUAACAACAAUGAGUGUGAAUCCAACCCCUGUAUGAAUGGAGGCACCUGCAAGGACAUGACCAGCGGAUAUGUCUGCAACUGUCGCAUGGGCUUCACCGGCCCAAACUGUCAGACCAACAUCAAUGAAUGUGCCUCCAACCCCUGCCUCAACCAGGGGACGUGCAUUGACGAUGUCGCUGGUUACAAGUGCAACUGUGUCCUGCCCUACACGGGAGAGAACUGUGAAACCUUGAUGGCACCCUGCAGCUCUAAACCCUGCAAGCAAGGAGGAGUGUGUCAGGAGUCAGAGGACUAUCAGAGCUUCUCCUGCAUCUGUCCUGAAGGAUGGCAAGGUCAAACAUGUGAGGUGGACAUCAAAGAGUGUGUAAAGAAUCCCUGUCGCAAUGGAGCGACCUGCCAGAACACUUUGGGCAGUUACCGCUGUGCAUGCAAACCGGGCUUCGCUGGACGCAACUGCGAAAGCAACGUGGAUGACUGCAAGCCCAACCCCUGCAGUAACGGCGGCCUAUGUAAGGACGAGGUGAACGGCUUCCUGUGCACCUGCCAGCCCGGCUUCAGGGGCACAAAGUGCCAGGAGGACAUCAACGAGUGCGAGAGCAACCCCUGCAAGAACGGAGCCAACUGCACCGACUGCGUCAACAGCUACACCUGCACCUGCCCGGCCGGAUUUAGCGGGAUCCACUGUGAAAAUAACACGCCUGACUGCACCGAGAGCUCCUGUUUCAAUGGGGGUUCCUGUAUGGACGGCAUCAACACCUACACCUGUUUAUGCCCGCCGGGCUUUACUGGGAGCUACUGCCAGCAUGACAUCAACGAGUGUGACUCCAAACCCUGCCUGAACGGCGGCACCUGCCAGGACAGCUACGGCACAUACAAGUGCACCUGCCCUCACGGAUACACAGGGCUCAACUGCCAGAAUUUGGUCCGCUGGUGCGACACGUCUCCCUGUAAGAACGGUGGAACUUGCUGGCAGAGAGGAACCUCCUACAACUGCGAGUGUGAGACCGGCUGGGGGGGACUUUAUUGUGAUGUCCCAAGUGUCUCCUGUGAGGUGGCGGCCAAACAGAGAGGAGUGGACGUUUCCCUUCUUUGCCGUAACUCGGGUCAGUGUCUGGACGCAGGAAACGUGCACUACUGCCACUGCCAGGUUGGAUAUACUGGCAGUUACUGUGGGGAGCAGGUGGACGAGUGCACCCCCAACCCCUGCCAGAACGGAGCCACCUGCACUGACUUCUUAGGCGGAUACACCUGCAAGUGUCUGCCAGGAUACGUGGGGACGAACUGCUCUGACGAGAUCAAUGAAUGUUUCUCCCAGCCGUGCCAGAACGGGGGCACCUGCAUUGACCUGAUCAAUACCUACAAAUGCUCCUGUCCCCGGGGAACCCAAGGUGUGCACUGUGAGAUCAACAUGGACGACUGCAACCCAUUCACCGACCCGGUCACCAACGAGCCCAAGUGUUUCAACAAGGGCAAGUGUGUGGAUCGAGUGGGGGGCUACCACUGCAUCUGCUCUGCGGGGUACGUAGGGGAGCGCUGCGAGGGAGACGUCAACGAGUGUCUCUCCAACCCCUGUGACUAUCGGGGGACGCACAGCUGCAUUCAGCUCACCAACAGCUACCGCUGCGACUGUCGCACCGGAUACACAGGUGAACGCUGUGAAACCGUGUUUGAUGGAUGUAAGGGGAAGCCGUGUCGCAAUGGAGGGUCCUGCGCCGUAGCCAGCAACACACAAUACGGUUUCAUCUGCAAAUGUCCUCCUGGUUUUACCGGCUCCACGUGUGAAUAUGACGCCCAGGCCUGCGGCAGCCUUCACUGUCGUCAUGGAGGCACCUGUAUCUCCGGCCACAAGAACCCCAAGUGUCUGUGCACCCCAUCCUUCACCGGGCCGGAGUGCCAGUAUCCCACUGACAGCCCUUGUAACUCCAGCCCCUGUUACAACGGUGGCACGUGUGAGUACACCACCGAGGCGCCUUUUUACAACUGCGUCUGCCCCAACAACUUCAACGGCCUCCGCUGCCACAUCCUGGACUACAGCUUCCAGGGAGGGUUCGGACACGACAUCCCGCUGCCGCCUCCCGAGGUGGAGGUCAGUUGCGACAUCCCGCUGUGCGAGGAAGCUCAGCACAACGAGUACUGCGACGUGCUCUGUAACAACCACGCCUGUGGCUGGGACAACGGAGACUGCUCGCUCAACUUCGACGAUCCGUGGAAGAACUGCUCGGCCUCUCUGCAGUGCUGGCGGUACUUCAACGAUGGGAAGUGUGAUUCGCAGUGUGACAACGCCGGGUGUCUGUACGACGGGUUUGACUGCCAGAAUCUGGAAGGACAGUGCAAUCCUCUGUAUGACCAGUACUGCAAAGACCACUACGCUGACGGCCACUGCGACCAGGGCUGCAACAAUGCUGAGUGUGAGUGGGACGGCUUGGACUGCGCUAACAGCAUGCCAGAGAAGCUCGCAGUGGGCCAGCUGGUCCUGGUGGUGCAUAUAGCCCCCGUGCAGCUCCUCAACAACUCCUUCGGCUUCCUGCGCGAGCUGAGCCGCGUCCUCCGCACCAACGUGGUCUUCAGAAAGGACGCCAAGGGCGAGACGAUGGUGUACCCAUACUACGGGAACGAUCACGAGCUGAAAAAGUACACAGUUAAGCGCUCAGUGGAUUCCUGGUCAGAGGUUCCUGGCAAGGUGCUGAACGUGAUGAAGAGGAGCCUGAAAGACAUGGUGGGCGGGAGCAGGAGAGUGAGGAGGGAGCUGGAUCACCUGCAGAUCAAAGGUUCUAUGGUUCACUUGGAGGUGGACAACCGUCAGUGUUUCCAGCAGUCCACCGAGUGUUUCCAGAGCACCGAUGACGCUGCUGCCUUCCUCGGAGCUCUGGCCUCCAGUGGCAAACUGGACGUUCCCUACACCAUCGAAGCAGUUUAUAGCGGUGUGGACCCCCCGCCAUCGCAGGACCUCUACCCGAUCUACCUGGUCCUGGCCGGCAUCGGGAUACUGGCCUUCCUAGGAGUGGGAAUGGUGGCUGCCCGAAAGCGCCGCCAUGAGCACGGGCGCCUCUGGCUCCCCGAGGGCUUCAAGACCACCGAGACCAGCAAGAAGAAGAGACGAGAGCCUGUCGGAGAGGAUUCUGUGGGAUUAAAGCCACUGAAGAACGCCUCGGACAUUUCACUCAUGGACGACGCACAAAAUGACUGGGGAGAAGACGAGCCUUCGGAUGCAAAGCGCUUUAGGCAGUUUGACGAACAGGCUAUCCUGGAGGUGGACAACCAGACGGACCACCGUCAGUGGACGCAGCAGCACCUGGACGCCGCCGACCUGCGCGUCCCCUCCAUCGCCCCCACACCCCCUCAGGGCGAGAUUGAGAAUGACUGCAUGGAUGUCAAUGUCCGGGGACCAGAUGGAUUCACGCCGCUGAUGAUCGCCUCCUGCAGCGGGGGAGGUUUAGAAACAGGCAACAGUGAGGAAGAGGAGGACGCCUCCGCCAACGUGAUCAAUGACUUCAUCUACCAGGGUGCCAACCUUCACAACCAGACCGACCGCACGGGGGAGACCGCUCUGCACCUCGCCGCCCGCUACGCUCGUUCCGAUGCCGCCAAGCGCCUGCUGGAGGCCAGCGCAGACGCCAACGUGCAGGACAACAUGGGCCGGACGCCUCUCCACGCCGCUGUGGCCGCUGACGCUCAGGGGGUCUUCCAGAUUCUGAUAAGGAACCGUGCUACAGACUUGGACGCCCGCAUGCAUGACGGCACGACACCCCUGAUCCUGGCUGCCAGGCUGGCCGUGGAGGGCAUGGUGGAGGAGCUCAUAAACUGUCACGCUGAUGUCAAUACAAUCGAUGAUUUUGGUAAAUCAGCCCUGCAUUGGGCCGCAGCAGUAAAUAACGUGGAGGCUGCAAUUGUACUUCUCAAGAAUAGUGCCAACAAGGACAUGCAAAAUAACAAGGAGGAAACGCCUCUAUUCUUGGCUGCGAGGGAAGGAAGCUUCGAGACUGCCAAGGUCUUACUCGACCAUUUUGCUAACAGAGAAAUCACCGACCACAUGGACCGGCUGCCCAGAGACAUUGCGCAGGAAAGAAUGCACCACGACAUCGUGCGGCUGAUGGACGAUUACAACCUGGUACGGAGCCCUCACAUGCAUGGAGGGUCGAUGGGCACCACACUCUCCCCCCCCCUCUGCUCGCCCAACGGCUACCUGGGUAUGAAGCAGCACCAGCCUCAGGGCCAGGGCAAGAAGGCGCGCAAGCCCAGCGCCAAAGGCAUCGGCUGCAAGGACGGCAAAGACAUGAAGGUGAAGAAGAAGAACUCGCAGGACGGGAAGUCCGGAAACCUGCUGGACGGCUCAGGUGUUCUGUCACCGGUUGACUCGUUGGAGUCUCCACACGGCUACGUGUCUGACGUGGCCUCACCGCCCAUGAUGACGUCCCCUUUCCAGCAGUCACCUGUGUCCCUGAACCAUCUGCAGGGUAUGUCCGACCCCCACCUGUCUGUGAACCACAUGGUGAUGCCAAACAAGCAGGAGCUGGCUCGAAUGCAGUUUGACCCGCUGCCCCCCCGUCUCACCCACAUGCCCGUGUCUGGCGCCGGUGGUCAGGGCGCUAUCAACGGCCAAUGCGAUUGGCUGUCCAGGAUGCACGGCAACAUGAGCCAGUCCAGCCAGUUUAACCCCAUGAGAGGAGCAGCCGGGGGUCAGGCAGCCCUGCAGCACGGCAUGAUGGCCGCGCUCCAUAACGGCCACCCUGCCAACAGCCUGUCUCAGAUGAUGAGCUACCAGGGGAUUCAGAACAGCCGGCUGGGCCCGCAGCCCCACAUCCUGCAGCAGCAGCAGCAGCAGCAGCAGCAGAUGCAGCAGAUGCAGAACCUGCAGCAGCUCCAGCAGCAGCAGAGCAUCCAGCUGCAGCACCAGAACUCUAACACCACCAGCAGCCAGAACUUCAUCAGCGGCGAGCUGGGCUCCCCGGAGCUCCAGCAGGGCAGCGGGAACUCCAGCUUACCCAUCCACACCAUCCUGCCGCAGGACACCCAGAUCAUCAGCCAGUCCAUGCCCAGCACCCAGUUCCUCACCCCACCCUCCCAGCACAGCUAUUCAGGCCCCAUGGACAACACCCCAAACCACCAGGUGCAGGUGCCUGAUCACCCCUUUCUGACCCCCUCCCCCGGCUCCCCCGACCAGUGGUCCAGUUCUUCUCCUCACUCCAACAUGUCCGACUGGUCGGAGGGCAUUUCAAGUCCACCGACGAGCAUGCAGUCUCAGAUGGGACAUAUACCUGAACAGUUCAAAUAAAAAAACAAGCUUCCCGCCCAGAUGAGCUGCUGUAUAUUUUUUUAUUAUAAGAAGGCACUCUUUGUUGAAAAUGGAAAAGAAAAAGGGCAAAACUGUAAACAUGAUUUCAUAGGACAUUUUGAUAUGCUUUUAUACUAACAGCUACACCUUUAUUUCAUCCAUUCUUUUUAUUUAUUAAUGCCUUAUUUAUACGCAUUGCCUGCUUACAGAAAUGGUGGGGAUCCGUGGUGCAGGGUCAUACGCAGGACAGAGUUUUGUCUCUUUUCUUUUAGCAUUUAUUUUCUUCAGUGAAGCCGCAGCAUACACACUGGGUAUUUAUUUCCUUAGGGAGUUUUAGUCUUUGCCUUUUUCAUAUGAUUUCCCAAUCUUUGUUUAUAUUUCGUUUUUUUGUAUAAUCUUGUUUAUAAAUACACUUGUGAUUAUUGGGCAUUUUAUAUAGCAUAUUUUAAGUUCAGUGUUAUUUCAGUGUUUUGUUCUUAGUGUGGCAAAUAUUUUAGUCAGUCGUUGAUAAACGAGUUAUGACUGUUAACAGAACACAUGUCCUGUAUGUUUUCACAAUGCCCCCCCUUUUAAAAUAUCACGUAAUUCUUAGUUAUGCUCUCUACAAUUGUGUACAUUUCUUGAAUCAAUGGGACAACAUUACGUUGUGCCUCUAGAUUUGAUUGUGUUCAUGUGUAGAGAUGUGUUGGAGAUGUGAUAUGUUGUACAGUAUACAGCCAUCUUGGAGAUUGGCAGUUAAGACAGGCCUAAGUAUCGGUUGGUGUCUGAGAACUGGCCCGUUGGCCACAGUGUGUGAUCUUGUCCGGAGGGAAAAGGAAAAGGAAUUUCCCCUCUCCCUCCUAUUAGUUUGAGCCUAUGGCUGUGUUCUUCCUUUUUGUAUAAUUCCCUUGUAAGCAAGAUUUUGUUUAAGAAAUCUGAUGUCUUAAGCAUGCAAUUUUGAUAGGUCUCGCACCAGUCAACAGCCUCUAAAAUGUCAAACAGAAUUUAUAUUUUGUAUUUUAAUGUCCCUUAUGCAUAAAUAAAUUUGAACUAUUUACAAAUAGAUAUAUUGUUAGGAGACAUUUUUCUCAUAAAAAGGAAAAAACACAUAAAUAUUGAGGUAUAAUAAAUUCAUAUUUAUUGACUGUUCUGUAACACAUUAAAUCCACUGAGGCAACCAUUUGUGCAUAUCAUUAAAUGUUUUUGUUACACUUUGGUUUGUGAAAAAGAAACUGUUGGCCAAGUUUUCUGUUGUCUCGGCUUCAGUACUUUGUGAGACACUCCCUAUAGAGUUUACAAAAUGUUUGUUCUGUUUUUCUAAACAUUAGGUUGUAGUAAUGAUAUCUGCAAUAUGUUUCCUUCCCCGUAUAAAUGUAUACUUUACAAGAAAUGUAUUUUACCCUUUUCAUUUUCAAUUUGUAAAAAAAUGUUCUUGUCAUAAUAAAAAGGCACCUGGUGUCUUGAACUUAU